AUGCUAAGAGCUCUACCACUCUUUCUAGGGCUAUUUCUGCUCGUUCAUUCCGAUCCCUUCCCAGAUCCCUUUCCCGCUACAUAUACGGAUCCGGAGGAGGAGGAAGCUAAGUGCAAUUCUAAAACAAUCGGUGGCGACCGUGUGGACAUUAAGACGGCGCCUUGGAUUGCAGCGAUUUCGAUCACGGAAAAGGCCAAGUGCGCUGGGAUCAUCUACACAUGGAACUACAUUUUGACGGCUGCCAAGUGUGUGGAUGGGUUUAUGAACAAGGCGAUUAGGGUGCGCCUGGGCAGCACCGAUCGCAGCACUGGGGUCACCGAAAUCGAUGUCUGCAAUAUCCACCUGCACGAGAAGUUCUCCCCCCACACCAUGCACUAUAACCUGGCCCUGCUGAAGUUGUGCCGACCGGCCAAGGCCUCCAAUACAAUCCAGACAAUCCAGCUGAUAGACAAAUUCCCAGCGGAUGGCACGAAGGCCUUGUCAAAUGGCUGGGCUUCGUUUCGAUGGUGGGCCAUCUAUUGGACCAGGUGCCUGGACGACUUGGCACACGAGCUGCAAAGGGCCGAAGUAAAGAUUUUCAAUCACAAGAAUUGCGCGGGUAUGUGGCCAAAAACGACUUUUGCAGGAGUAAAACUCCCCAUUCCGAAUAUCACCGAGGACUUGUUCUGCACCGAUAAGGCCGGCAUUUCGGCCUGCUCCUUUGACACUGGAGCUCCAUUGACCCUCAAUGGCAAACUCGUUGGCAUCCUGACCAGGGGAGGCUGCUCCCAGCGGCCUGAAAUCUACACCAAUCUAAUUAAGGUUAAGGACUGGCUAGUCAAUAAUUCAAAAUAA